CUAGCAGGGCGGGGUGCGGCGCACCUUGCUCCCGGGAGCCCCGCGUCCGCCCCUCCCGCCCCCGGGACGCCUCCGGCCGCUUCCGUCCUCACGGGCCCCGCGUGGGAGGACGAUGGGUCAUCGCGGAAAAAGUGAAUGAGGACGGCGGCGCGGCAGCUGGGCCUCUCUCCGCCCGCCGAGCCCAGUGCAGCCCGCAGGCUCCAUGGAGGCGCACCACGCCCUGGCGGCCAAGCCCCCCAGCGGAAGAAAGAUGAAGGCCCGUGCUCCACCACCCCCUGGAAAACCUGCUGCCCAGAGCCUCCACAGUGAACAGAAACUUCCUCGGGAUGCCACACUCGGCUCACAACAGAGCCUCAGCCACAUGAAGGAGGCGCUACAGAACAGCACCUUAGAUGUCACUGUGGUUCUGCCCAGUGGGCUGGAGAAGCAGUGUGUGGUCAGUGGGAGUCAUGCAAUGAUGGAUCUUCUGGUUGAACUCUGCCUUCAGAACCACCUGAAUCCUUCCCACUAUGUCCUGGAGAUCUGGUCUUCAGAAACCCAACAGCCUUUGAGUUUUAAGCCAAAUACUUUGGUUGGGUCGUUGAAUGUCCACACUGUGUUUCUGAAGGAAAAAGUCCCUGAAGAGAAGGUGAAGCCUGUCCUGUCCAGGGUGCCUGAGAAAUCUGUGCGUCUGGUAGUGAAUUACCUACGAACACAGAAAGCUGUUGUGCGUGUGAGCCCUGAGGUGCCACUGCAGAACAUUCUGCCAGUCAUCUGUGCAAAGUGUGAUGUCAGCCCGGAUCAUGUGGUUCUGCUCAGGGACAAUGUUGCUGGGGAGAAGCUGGAACUAUCCAAGUCUCUGAAUGAACUGGGAAUAAAAGAACUAUACGCAUGGGACAAUAGAAGAGAAAUGUUUAGGGAGUCAUCCCUUGGCAAUGAUGACACAGAUAAAGAGAAGAAACAAUUUCUGGGAUUUUUCAAAGUUAAUAAAAGAAGCAGCAGUAAGGCCGAGCAUCUUGUGCUGUCUGGUGCGGAUAGUGAUGAGGACCCCUCAAAGUCAGCAUCUGGAAGGGAUGUGAAUGGCUGCUUAACAACACCGAACUCCCCAUCCAUGCAGUCGAGGACCCUGACACUGGGUCCCUCCCUCUCACUGGGCAACAUCUCAGGGAUGUCUGCGAAGUCAGAGAUGAAAAAGCGCCGAGCCCCUCCACCUCCAAAUCCAGGGCUAUUGGUUCAAGACAAAGCAUCAGAAAAGGCAUCCCUCAGCUCACAGGUGGAUCUACAGAAGAAGAAGAGGCGGGCGCCCGCUCCCCCUCCCCCGCAACCACCUCCACCAAGUCCUGUGGUCCCCAGCCGCCAGGAAGACAAAGAGGAGAACAGAAAGAGCACAGUGGGUGUUGGACGCCAAGUGCCACAAAAGCCUCCCAGAGGCACAGCUCGGGGCCCACCCCAGUUAGUGCUCCCCCCGCCCCCACCCUACCCUCCUCCUGACACAGAUGUGACGGAGCCUGUCACCUUUCCUGGGGAAGGCGCUGGUUCCAAGACCUCAGAGCUGAGACCCAAACUGAGCCUGCCCCUGGGGCCUAGCAGCCACUGCAGCAUGGAUGGAGCCCCACAAAUGCCACCAGAGGCCGAGGAGACGGCAUCUGUGGGCAGCUGUUUUGCAUCAGAAGAUACGACGGAGGACUCAGGGGUGAUGAGCUCUCCCUCAGAUGUCGUCUCUCUUGACUCACAACAAGACAGCAUGAGAUCUAAGGAUAAAUGGUCCACAGACCAGGAGGACUGCAGUGACCAGGACCUAGCUGGAACUCCAGAGCUGGGUUCCCAAAAGAGCCCAUCGUGGGGGAAAAUUGGCUCUGGUAACUCACAUCUGAGAACUGAGAAAGCUGCCAUAUUUCCAAAUGAUGACGAAGACCUAUUCAUUACUGGACACUUCCAUCAAACCCUGGCAGAACUUGAUGAAAACCUGGAAGAAAUGGAAGAAAGUUAUGAAACAGAUACCAGCUCUCUAACCAAUUCCAUAAAUGAUAUGUCCAACCACAGCCUGCAGGAGGCCAUAAUCCCUGAUGGUAACCUGGAUGCCAUCCCAGUCACAUUUAUUGGGGAAGUCUCUGAUGAGCCUGUGGAUUUGAGGCUACUCUCCAGUAGAAACCAUAAUGCUGCUGCUUUUGAUAUAGGGGACGUUGCCAGCCAAGGAACUCACCUGGCCCCACUUCAGACUGAGCAUAGCCAGCUAUAUGUAAAGGAAAGUCGAAAGGAGCCACACUCCUCUCCUCCUUCCCAGGAUGUCAAAAGGACAAUCCAGUUGACUUUACCCAACACCCCUGAAGAUAGGAUUCCAGCUGAAAUGGACCCCAAAGUGACUUCUUUUGUUUCGAAGCUUUACAUAGAUGAUCUAAAAGCAAAGUCAAAAGGCAAGGUGCUUGGGCCUGCUCACAGUGAGAAGACACCUGCCAGUCACAGAGUAAAUUCCCAGCAAGUGAAUCAAAAAGAUGAUGAGAAUGAAAACUCCACCUCAGCACCACCACCAUGGUCUCUUCGAGGCCAGGCCUCAGGGGGAAGCUACGGACUCAGGCAUGGCCUCACAACAUACAAAAUUGUUCCUCCCAAAUCAGAAAUGAGGUGUUAUAACAGGGAUGUGUCCCUCUCCACUGGAGCCAUUAAGAUUGACGAGCUAGGAAAUCUGGUGAGUCCUCAUAUAAAUGGCCGCAGGAUCACGUCACAGUCUUCAGCCAUUGUCCAUACAGAAACUCAGCCCAUUGGAAAAGUCAAAGAGUUCUGGAAGAGCAGCUCAGUGGAAAAGCACCUGAACCAGUCAGCAGAGUCUACAGCUAGAACGCCCCCCUCCACCACCACCCAUGCCACACCAGUGAAGCCACAGCAAGACAAUGGACUCAAGGCAGCCCCUGCAAUGCCCACACCCCAGCAGCAGCCUGCCUCCCAGGAAUAUGGGGCACACCUGGAGGAGGGGAAAAGCCAGCCGCAGUCAGCAGUCACUUGUCACACAAAAGUGCCAGCAUCUAACAGCACAGAAGUCACAUUCCUGAAGCCCCAGAGAAGGACAUCCAGCCAAUACGUGGCCUCUGCUAUUGCCAGGAGGAUAGGGCCUCUGAAAACCCAUGCUGAUACAGUGAGGCCACAUGAGAAUCCCGAGAAGGGCCACAAAGGACCAACACUGGCUGGACCACCUCCCACUGUGAAAGACAGUGCAGCUUCCAGUCUGUGCUCAGAGGCAGGGCAGCGUGAGCAGGACACAAAGCAGGACUGUGUCUGCCUUCCCAGCAACCCUGCUGUGGAGUUGCCAGUGGGAGACCAUCCCAGAGUAGAGGUCAGCAGCCCAUACUGGAAGUCGUCAACUCAAGACUGUCCUGCUGCUGUCCACGGAUCCUCCUAUUUCCUCCCAGUCAGAUCUUCCCAGAGGGAUUGUGUUUCUGUGGGACAGAGCUGUGGUUUCAAUGAAAAGCAAAAUCCAAGUAACCAAAAGACCAGCUCAACAUCUAACCUCACUCAGGCAGUGGACAGGGUGCGGCCACCCCCUCUGCUUUCUACAGAAGCCUGCAAGUCUGGUAGGGUACUGGUGAAUGGCUCUGCAUGGGCCUCGGGCAGCAGUGAGCUUCCUCAGUCUCUGAAAGAGUCGGUCCCUACCAGCCACAUCAUCUUACAGACAGAGGAAAAACCUGGUCCCUUAUCUCCAGAUGUUCAAGACACAGAUGGUACUUUGCCCCCCAGCAUCUUUGGACCAAAGAAAAAAUUCAAGCCUGUUGUUCAGAGGCCAGCUCCAAAAGAUACAUCCCUGCACAGUGCUCUGAUGGAAGCCAUCCAGUCAUCAGGAGGGAAGGACAAGCUCCGCAGGGUGAAUAUGACUGCAGAACACAUCUCAGAGGGAAGGCCAAAGAAACCAUCCUACAUGGAGGCAGAGAGUGAACGAUCUGCCCUGCUGGCAGCCAUCCGGGGCCACAAUGGGACCAAAAGCCUGAGGAAGGUGUCAUCCCUUGCCUCGGAGGAGCUCCAGAGCCUCAGAGAUGCUGCAGUCUUGGCCCCAGGUUUGGAAAAUUCUCAGCAAGAAGACCCUGGCCUUCCACCCCCACCUGCCUUGCCAUCCCCACCCCGUCCAGCCUCUCAGGCACCGGUAACAGUAUCUAGGUUCAGCACAGAAACCCUCAGCAAUGCGGUGGAUGCCAGGCAAGCCUUAAUGGAUGCCAUCCGCUCAGGCACAGGGGCUGCGAGACUGAGAAAGGUACCUUUACUUGUAUGAAUCCUGGAAAGAGCUCCUGUUGUUGCAAAAACCACCUUACAGCACCCAGAAUCAUCACUCAAGGAGCCCACAUGACAGGAAAUGGACCCAUCAAGAGUUGGAGUUACUUUCCUGUCUUCAGGCCAAGUUGCCCACAGAGGAUUCCCAGCAUUCCUGUGUAAUGGUCAAAGCGGGUAUGCUGCUUCGCUGAGUGGCUUGUGUGCCAAGGACAUGUGAUCUGCCUCGGAAUACUCACAGUUGCCAAUGAACUGCUCCUGUUGGCAGAGUGAUGGGAACACGCAGGCUGGAACCCAACCCACACACUUGAUUCUAGAUAUGGGCACAAGGAGUUCAUGCCUUAUGUUGAUUUUUGGAUCUUUGAGACUUUGACCACAUGCACGUGGUUAAAUCAUUUACUUGUUUAAAAUCUUCUGGACAGGGGCAAAAGCCUAAAUCAACAGAAACAACCAAAAUCAUUUGCUACAAGAUGCUGUUUCAGGGAUAGGAAGAGGGGUGGAAGGCUGUUGCAAAAUAAUCAUUGCUGCAUGGUAAAGCAUCAGAUUUUUAUUCCUGACACCUCACAGAAGAUCUUGGACUGUGGUGUAACCAACUAACCUUUUAAAAUUCAACACAAACUGCUGCUUGACAGUGUGGACAGGACAUUUCUGGUUCCUCUAAAGGUCAUGAGUGGCAGAGAUUAGAACAAUGGAAAGGUUGGUCAGUGUCCCACUUGGAUAGCUGUACCCCAGCACCCCAGCACCCCAGCAGGCUAUGAGGUGCAGCAGGGCAGGCCUCCCUGAAGGAGCCUGUGCAUGGAGCCUAUGACUUCACUAGGAGUCUUCCAAAAUCAUGGCGGGGGCCAAGGAGCAGGGUGCUGGGUGCCCACGUGUCACAGAGGGCCAGGCAAAGUUGUGCUGUGUGUGACCUAGAUCCUGAUGUGCUUCAGCUUGGUCCUGAAGCUGCCCUUAUAUUUACAUAACAGUUUGGUGGCACAUGGAACACAGUCAACAUAUUUAUGAGAUAUUGAAGCUCAGCAGUAGUUUUGCAUCUGUGUCUAAAAAUUUUUGUUAUAUGGCAAAAAAAACCACCGAGAGUAAUAGAAAUCAAGAGGAGUUCAUGACAUAAAAAUUUCUGCCUUAGUGAAAAAAAAAACAAAUUGGGAAUUUUUUUAAUGUUUCACCCUGUUUGAAAUCUGGGCAUCAGGUAGAAUGGGAAUUUGGUAUUGUGUGAUUAACAUUGCUAAACUUUCUCAGUGAGGCAAGAGCUACCAGCCAAUUGCUCUUAGUCACAGCUGUCUGCUCUUUUUCUUGGUGCCACAAAUAAAUGCAAAUCCAGUCCUGUAA